UUGUCCGCCACUUCUGUCCACCCCCCGAACAUACACAGCCGCCCACCGACCUCAAGAAAACCAACGAUCGCAAGGUGAGUUCGUGCUGAAUUCAGAUGUGACUGGGUCAACUUCCAGGGUGUUGGUAUCUAUGUUCCUGGAAGAAAUUUGGCGAGGAUUGGACCUCUGGAUGGUGAUGGAUUGACUACCCGCAUCGAGGAUGUCUCAAUAUCGAAUGAAGUAACUGACUUCGCACGUAGAUGCGGGACGUCCUCCAAACUGAAGAACUCGAGGUCCCUGAGGGUGUUGCCAUUGAAAUCAAGUCACGCGUUAUCAAAGUCACUGGCCCACGGGGUACCCUUACGAAGAAUGUCCGUCAUGUCGAUAUGGAUAUUCGGGUGUUGAAGACCAAGAAGAGCAGCAAGGUCACUCUCGCGGUGUGGCAAGGUGGGCGCAAGCAUGUCGCAUGUCUACGGACAAUCCGAAGCUUGAUUAACAACAUGGUCAUUGGUGUGACUAAGGGCUUCCUCUACAAAAUGCGCGCUGUAUAUGCCCAUUUUCCAAUCAACGCUAUCAUCCAAGAUAGUGGAAACGCUAUCGAGAUCCGUAACUUCCUGGGAGAGAAAACUGUACGACACGUAAAGAUGCUCGGUGGAGUUAAUAUUUCAGAGUCCAAGGCUCAAAAAGACGAGCUUAUCCUCGAGGGUAAUGAUAUUGAGAAUGUUUCGCAAUCAGCCGCCUCCAUUCAGGGUGCUUGCCGCGUACGGAACAAGGAUAUCCGUAAAUUCUUGGAUGGUAUCUACGUAUCCGACCGCACGACCAUCACUCAGGAGUAGACGGGUUGUGGUUUGUAAGGGAAGCUGGGC